AUGCCUUUUCUACCUAACAGGCAAGGGGCUUGGAACGUGAUAAGGAAAUACGGGUUCGCGUUCGACAUCGACGAGGGUGCGGAGGAGAGAGGUGUAGAGGGAAUCAUGCGUAGAGGACAGGGCGUGGAAAAGUGUGAGGUGUGCGGUGAGCUGGUUGCGGCAUUGGGGGAAGAAGCGGGUGCGGAGGGUGGUGAGGAGUUUUUCGGUGGUGGAGUCGAGGCGGAGGGUGAGGAUUAG